ACCAGAGCCUGCUGGGCGGCUCUGGGAGAGCUGAGCGGGCUUCCACACCACGCUCCACAGAACCCCCAGGCUCUCCUAGACUUGUGCAAAACUCCAGCUGGUGGAAAGAAAGCUGGGGCAACUGCCAGGAGGAUGGCGGUGCCCUGGAAGGACUAUUUCCGACUGGCCUUGCAGGAGAAACAGUCUACGAAGCUGCCAGAGCAGGCUGAGCAUUACUUCCCGCCAGUGCUACGUCUCCUGGAGAAGAGGCAAGAGCUGGUGGAUGCAGACCAGGCCCUGCAGACCCAGAAGCAGGUGUUCCACACCAAGAUGGCAGCCCUGAAACAGCGCUGGGAACAGCUGGAACAGAAGGAGCGGGAGCUAAAGGGGUCGUUCAUCAGCUUUGACAAGUUUUUCCAGGACUCCGAGGCCAGGCGCAAUCGCGCGCUGCGGAGAGCGGCGGAGGAGCGGAACCAGGCGGGCCGCCGGGAGGCGGAGGCGCUGCGGCUGCGGGCCCAGCUCGAGGAGCUAAGGCGGGAGCACGCGCGGCUGCAGCGCAGACUGCAGCGCCUGGAGCCCUGCGCGCGCCUGCUGGAGCAAGCGCUGGAGCUGCUGCCCGGGUUCCAAGAUGUCCCGGAGCUGGUGGCGCGCUUCGACGGCCUGGCCGAGACACAGGCAGUGCUGAGGCUCAGGGAGCGCGAGCUGCUCGCCGAGCAGGAGGCCGUGCGGGCGCGGCUGCAGCGGCUGCGGGACGCCUGGCCGGACGAGCUGCUCGCACACGGCCAGCGUCGGGCGCAGCUGCAGGAGCGCCUGGAGGCUGCCCGGGAGCGCACGCUGCAGUGGGAAUCCAAGUGGAUUCAGAUUCAGGACACAGCAGCGGAGAAGACUCUGCUCCUGGGGCGCAGCAGGAUGGCCGUACUCAACCUGUUCCAGCUAGUGUGCCAGCAUCAGGGGCAGCCGCCUGCACUGGACAUUGAGGACACAGAGGGGCAGCUAGAGCAGGUGAAGCUGUUCAUGCAAGACCUCUCCGCCAUGCUGGCAGGCCUGGGUCAGACUGAGCCUGCAGCCCCUGCCUCCUAGCCCAGACCCAGGCUGACGUAGCUGCUGCCCUUCUGUGGCCAUACAGCGCUCCUUUUCAGGGAUGAUGGCUCCUGCAGGGAGUACCCCCAGUGCCCGGCACAAGGCCAGGCACGCAGUGGUGCACAGGAACGUCUGCUGAUGUCCACUCUAAGGCCAACCAAGGAACCACGGGGCUCGGUCCUGGUCCUCACAUCCUCUUUCGCAUCUUGCCCUUCUUGGAGCGGGCACCCCGGCCGAAGGCACCCUGCUGCAGCUCCUGGGCACGGCGGCGGUUGCGAGCGGAGAGCUGCUUGAGGCCACCACGCUGCAGGAAGCGCAGCUUCUGGGCCCGGCGCCGCUGCUUCAGGAUCUGCUGCUUGGUCUUGAGUUCCGGGCGGACACGGCCUGCAGGGGUGCCUGGGGCACGGGGCUGGGAUGCACCUGCUGGGACAGGGAUUCAGGGAGCUCAGGUGGUGGGAUCACUCCCAAGAUCCCCUCCUCCCAGAAGCUCGCAGACUCCUUCCCGGCCCCAAUCCUGUUCUGUGCUUAUUGCUGUGGCCCAGUAGGUGGCUAACAAAGCUUUAGGGAGCCCCA